GCCAAAAUAAGUCCGCCGAAUGCGUGGCCUACACCCGGUCUGUGGGCGCGUUCGAGGCGCGUUGUCUUUAAGUGACACGUGACUGCCCCGGGCCUGGGCCCCGCCUCUUUCCCCUCCCCAGGUGCUCUGGUGUGGACUGGAAGCGCUGGCCCCGGCGGAUUCACUGGAGCACGGAAGCUGCGGCCGGUUGGGCCGGUGCCCUUUCCCGCUCUGGGAAGGAAGAGAGAUGGAAGUGAAAAAGUUGAGCGUUUCCUGGCAAUUCUUGCUAGUUCUGGUUCUGAUCCUGCAAAGUCUGUCUGCGUUGGAUUUUGACCCAUACAGAGUCCUAGGGGUCAGCCGCACAGCCAGUCAGGCUGACAUUAAAAAGGCUUAUAAGAAGCUCGCUCGGGAAUGGCAUCCUGACAAAAACAAAGACCCCGGAGCAGAGGACAAGUUCAUUCAGAUCAGCAAGGCUUACGAGAUCCUGUCCAAUGAGGAAAAGAGAACAAACUACGACCACUAUGGUGAUGCUGGUGAGAGCCAAGGCUACCAGAAGCAACAGCGGGAGUAUCGCUUCCGCCAUUUCCAUGAGAACUUUUAUUUCGACGAGUCGUUUUUUCACUUCCCUUUUAAUUCGGAGCGGCGAGACUCAAUCGAUGAAAAGCACUUGUUGCACUUUUCACACUAUGUGAAUGAAGUAGUUCCUGAUAGCUUCAGAAAGCCCUACCUCAUCAAGAUCACGUCAGAUUGGUGCUUUAGCUGUAUCCAUAUCGAGCCUGUCUGGAAAGAAGUGGUCCAGGAGCUGGAAGGACUGGGUGUAGGGAUCGGUGUUGUCCAUGCUGGGUACGAAAGACGCCUGGCCCAUCACCUGGGAGCACACAGCACCCCAUCCAUCCUAGGAAUCAUCAAUGGGAAAAUCUCCUUCUUCCACAAUGCGGUGGUUCAUGAGAACCUACGGCAGUUCGUAGAGAAUCUUCUUCCAGGGAACUUGGUGGAGAAGGUUACAAAUAAAAACUACCUGCGAUUCCUCUCUGGCUGGCAGCAGGAGAAUAAGCCUCACGCCCUCUUGUUUGGCCAGACGCCGGCGGUGCCACUGCUGUACAAGCUGACAGCCUUUGCAUACAAAGAUUACGUGUCCUUUGGGUAUGUGUACGUCGGCUUGAGAGGCGCAGAGGAGAUGACCAGGCAGUACAACGUCAACGUCUAUGCACCCACCAUGCUGAUCUUCAAAGAGCACAUAAACAAGCCUGCCGACGUGAUCCAGGCUCGAGGGCUAAAGAAGCAGGUCAUGGAGGACUUCAUCAGCCAGAACAAGUACCUGCUGGCGGCUCGGCUCACCAACCAGAGGCUGUUCCAGGAACUGUGUCCCGUGAAGCGGUCUCACCGACAGAGGAAGUACUGCGUGGUUUUACUGACAGCCGAGGCUAGCAAGCUAGGCAAACCCUUCGAAGCCUUCCUGUCCUUUGCACUGGCAAACUCGCAAGACACAGUGCGGUUCGUGCAUGUCUACAGCAGCCGGCAGCAGGAGUUUGCCAGCACCUUGCUACCGGACAUUGAGGCCUUUCAAGGGAAGUCAGGGGUGUCCAUCUUAGAAAGGAGAAACACUGCAGGGAGGGUGGUGUUUAAGACCCUAGAAGACCCCUGGACUGGCAGUGAGAGUGAUCAGUUCAUGCUUUUGGGUUACCUUGACCAGCUGCGGAAAGAUCCAGCAUUUCUGUCCUCAGAAGCUGUGCUCCCAGACCUGACCGAUGAACUUGCCCCUGUGUUUUUCCUCCGUUGGUUCUACUCUGCUUCUGACUCCCUCUCGGAAUUCUGGGAGAGCAUGCUGCACAGUAACUGGCGGGAGAUGAUGCCCCUGCUGUCCCUCAUCUUCUCAGCCCUCUUCAUCCUCUUUGGCACUGUCAUUGUCCAGGCUUUCAGUGACUCCAGUGAAGAGCGAGAAUCACACCCCCCAGAUAAAGAAGAAGUCCCUGAGAAGGCCGGGAAGACUGAGCCAAGCUUCACCAAGGAAAACAGCAGCAAGAUUCCUAAAAAAGGCUUCGUGGAGGUAACUGAACUCACAGAUGUGACCUACACCAGCAACUUGGUGCGCCUGAGGCCAGGCCACAUGAACGUGGUCCUCAUCCUGUCCAAUUCCACCAAGACAAGCCUGCUGCAGAAAUUUGCUCUGGAAGUCUACACAUUCACUGGGAGCAGCAGCCUCCACUUCUCCUUCCUGAGUCUGGACAAACACCGUGAGUGGCUGGAGUACUUGCUAGAGUUUGCUCAGGAUGCAGCCCCAAUCCCAAACCAGUAUGACAAGCACUUUAUGGAGCGAGACUACACUGGCUAUGUGCUGGCCCUCAAUGGCCACAAGAAGUAUUUCUGCCUUUUCAAGCCCCUAAAGACUGUGGACGAGGAGACCGUGGCCUCCUGCGACCUUGACUCCUCCCGAGGGAAGCCUCCCUGUGGUCUCGGGCCCAAGCCCCUCAAGGGUAAGCUGAGCAAGUUGUCCUUGUGGAUGGAGCGGCUGCUGGAAGGUUCCUUGCAGAGGUUUUACAUCCCAUCGUGGCCUGAGCUAGACUGAGACAUGGACUCUUCAGGUUUUUAAUGUGCCCCAGGAACAGGGAUUUUCAGAAGAGUCUAGAUUUUAGAUAUCUCUUCCAGAGCAAUGACUAGAAGACCUUUCCUUUGUCACCUAGGAGCAAAAUACAGCACAGGUUUGAUCCCUAGAUGAAAACCCUUCCCUUUGGGUUGUCUCAUCCCUGUACGAAUGCCGCACUAUUUAAAACAGACCACUGACCCCUUCUUCAUCCCCUCUUCUUUACCGUCCCUGUAACAUGCUCACACCACCCUGUCCUUAUGUUGGAGAAA